AUGUAUUCUCUUUAUGUUAACAACCAACAUGGUACUUUAGUUUAUCAAAAGCAUUUUAGCGAAGAAAUAAAAUUAAAUAGUAAUGAAGAAAUAAGACUUGCUUCUAUGUUACAUGGUAUUUCAACAAUUUCUGAAAAGAUAAAUGUGAAUUCAUCAUUAAAUACAAAAAAUAUAUUUAAAUUAUUAGAAAAAAAAGGUAUCGAAACAAUUGAAGGGAAUGGUUUUAAAAUUCAAUGUUAUGAUACUUUGACAGGAAUAAAAAUAUUUGCAGUUCACAAAGAUGACUUAAACAUUGAGUUGAAUAAAUAUUUAAAAAGGGUAUAUGAAUUAUAUAGUGAUAUAAUAUUAAAGAAUCCAUUUUAUGAUAUUGAUAUGCCAAUACGUUCAGAAGCUUUUAAUGAGCAUAUCGAUAAGCUUUUUUCAAAUAUAAACUGA